AUGAUAGAGAAAGAGCUAGAGAAUACGCAGUCUAUAGUUGUCAAACUGCGGGCGGAAAACCAUGAGAUACACUUGAUUGCAAAAAAGGUGCGCGCUUUUACUCACCUCAACGGUCUUUUCUCAGCUAUACUCACCUAUCGAAAAUUCUUCGGAAUUUUCAAGGAAAGGGAGAAAGCCAUUAUAAAGUCAAUUAUCUCACAAUCAUAUUGCUCAGAAGAAUAUCAUUUAGGUUUGAGCGAAAUCUUUGCAGCAUUGGUUUUUGUUGUCAGACAUCGAUUUGUGGACAGAGAUACUGCACAAGCUGCUUUUAAAAGAUGUUGGGGCCACCUCAAGGAUUUACAAUUUGAGCAACUAUUGAUUCCUGUUGGGAGGGGCUUGGCGUCGUCUUAUGUCCUAGACGAUCGUUCCUUUGACGCAAUUUGCCUCCUGACCAAAAUUCAUGGUAGAAGUCAGCCGUUUGGAUGA